CCCGUCCCUCUUCCCGUCCUUCGCUCUCUUUUCCCCUUCGCCGACCUCGUAAGGCUUACCUUUCGACGACAAUAUUUCCCCCUUCGGCGCGCCGGCCAUCCAUCGACACUGGAGUCGUGACCCUCCUGAAAUUGACGACUGCUCGUUAGUCGACGGUUUAAGCGUGUCGAGACCAAUGCAUCGCUAAGAGAAAUCGCCCGUGCGAUACGUCGUGAACGCCAUACAACAUAACGUUAUAUUAUUAUUGAUUUAAGCUGACGAUUUAUUCGUCGCGCCACUCUUUUGAAAAGAUUAUCAUCGCAUAACCCAAAUAUUUUGCUUGUUAAACAAGGUGAGUUGAGACUUCGAGUGUACGCCGAGAAUUGGUCGCCUAUGGGACGUGGAGCGAGGGAAGCGGAGUUUGUUCAGGCAACUGAGGAUCUACCGUGGAUCGUUAAUGCGUUGUUGAUGCCACCACAGACGUGAUCGAAGAAGACACUGACCUUGUUUUUUCCUUUCUAGCAUCCACUCGUUGACAUACAUUGUCAAGUACAUUCGUUCUAAAUUGCCCUGACAUACCACGAUUAUACGCUGCAGUCGAUACUCGAACCUAGCCGUUGCAACAGCCAUCUAGCGAUUGACUUACCCGAUACGAAUUGAGAUUUAAUUUGAGUCAUCAUGCAUUCUGGUUCACUGUUCGUUGCCGCCCUAGUGGCCGCCGCGUCAUUGGCUACCGCAGAGCCUGAAAAUAGACCGAAGAUAUAUUUUCCACGACACGUAAAGAGGCAGUAUACUAAUCACACAAUUACGAGUUCGGCAUCGCGGAAUACCCAAAGCGAUGUGCCGGAUUCCACAACUCAUUCCGAGACUAAGAAGGACUCAAUUUCCGAUCUCUUGUCAAGCCUUCUUUCGGGGGUCGAUCCUAGCGAAUCGUCGGCGGCAACUACUCCGUCAGACGCUCCCAGCGCAAGCUCCUCGACCGUCGCAACUCCAACGAGCGGGUCCGAAUCCGAGUCUCAAGUGACGGCAACGACCCUGACCUCUGACACCUCUGCCUCAUCUGGCAGCGUUGGGUCUACAGGAGGAGUGCCUCCGCUAAUCUCCUUGCCAUCGCUCAGCUUGGGUAUCCCGUCGCUAUUACCUAGUUCCGAUGCAGAGACGGCAUCUGUCUCGACCAAUCAGACUGCCUCCGCGACUGGAACUACUACGGGGACUGCUGCUGAGGUUUCGACAACGGGUGAGGCUACCAAUGGCACUGUUACUGAUUCCGCAAGCGACUCUGCGGUCGUACCCUCCGCGACAGUACCUUCUUCGUCUUCAGGUAUUCUAAUUGCCCCUACGGGUGUCGUAACCCAAAGCUCGACCAGCUCCAGCGGUGGAUUACUCGGUGGUGUGACCAGUCUGGUUGGAGGAGUUACUAGUGCGGUUGGUGGAGUUACGAGUGCAGUGGGAGGUGUUACGAGCGCUGUUCUUCCGACAGCCUCUUCAUCGGUCUCGGCCAAUGCGACAGAAUCGAGCACGGAGUCGGGCACCGAUGCCUCCAGUGGAACUAGUACGAGCUCCGACGGUGGAUUGUUGCCGUCUCUGUCUCUGUUGCCUUCAAGCCUGUCUCUCUUGCCCUCAAGUCUGAGCCUUUUCCCGACCACCACGUUCCCCGGCACUGCCCCGACUGCUUCGUCUACCUCGAGCUCUGAAACGCCUAUCCUGUCGCUACCACCUCUCCUCGGCACUGGUUCAUCGUCGACUGUAGUCCCGACGUCAAUCGCUAAUACCACGGACUCGACUGGGCUGCCUACGAUUCUGCCUACGGAGUCCCUCAGUCUCAGUUUGCCCUUGUCGACGCCUACCGUGAUUCCGAUUCCUGUCAAUACUACGUCAUCAGCUGAGGUUACCUCUACUCCGACUGUUGCGCCAACUGUCCCACUUAACACUACCUCCUCGACAACAGAAGUCCCUAUUACACAGUCCUCAAGCGUAGUGACGGUUCCCCUCAACACUACCACUCCUGUGACCUCUACUCCUGAGCGCACGACUGUUCAACCCACUAGCACUGCGUCGUCAACCGUUUACUCAACGAGUGCUCCUGCUAUAACCACAUCUUCGUCUACAUCGGCGCCCGCUUUUACGAGUAUUCCUGUAAUUGGUACGAUUACGGACUCCCAAUCUUGGCUCCCGACUACGAUCAUUGUCCAGCCCUCUACUAGCACCUUUAGCACCGGCGGACAACCUACGGCGACUGGAAUUCCGACGAGUCUGCCAAAGGCAAUUACCCCGUGGGUGGCACCGCCAGAUCAACCCAAGGAUACGACACUCAUCCAAAUUUCGUUCCUCUUCGGCGAGAACUAUCAGCAUCUCGUAGAUGAGCCUCUAGCUGCUUCUCAGAUGUUCGAUCUUCUUCCUCAGGGACUUGCGUACGGCGGUGGCUACGACACUAGCAGGGUUGUGAUGUACAGCAUUAAACCCUACGAUACCAUCUCUCGCUUGGGCUACAUUACCUCUCAAGCCAUGGUCUGGUAUCCCACAGAUGGAGUUUCCAAACUUAGCCAAGACAUCGGGUACCCCACGACUGCCCUGUACAACAACCCUAACUCGCUGGUGCGCAAUUUGACCAGUCAGAUUAACCCUGCUAUCGGUAUUAUGCCUGGUUCUACGUUGGAUGGUGCUACUGGUUCUACUGGAGGUAGCGGAUCAGACCCAGCGGACACUGGUUCUGCCAACAACGACCCAUUCGAUACUCAGGGUCCGGGUGAGCAGACAACUAGUGCUCAGCAGGGCGUAACAGCUGGUAUUGCUGUGGGCGCGGCUAGCGUUGCUGGUGCUUACGGCGCUGCCAUGUUUAUCAUUGCCCGUCGCUACAAGCGCAAGAAGCAGAGACACCAGAGAACUAGCUCUAUCAACUCACCUUCUGAGAUGCGACAGGCCGGAAGUCCGGCUCUAAUGGGUGGUGCGUUGCUGAGUCGGGACUUCACUAGCAAUCCUGGGUACGGUGGGGUUGUAGGAAACACCCGCGAUAGUCAAGGAAGUGGGAGGAGUGGGAUGAACAGCUCGGCACGUACCGCCAACAUUUCGGCGCCAGUCGCAGCUGAGAACUCUCUUGGCUGGAACUGAGCGAACGUAUACGACCUGCACGUCACACCCGUUUCAUUUUAGUUAUAGUUCGAUACCCAUCCAGAAGGCGUUGCCUGUUUUUGAACAGAAGCCACUGUGGGCGGCCUGCCUAAGGAAUU